AUGAUGAACAGGAUUGUGAUUCUCUUACUUUGUGUCCUUUUUUCGUCCACUUCCCAUGCUUCUUUUCCGGAAAAGUUCUGCAAGGCUGACCUCAACGGUCCAGACAGCCCUUCUGGCUAUCUCUGCCUGCCAUCUGAAACAGUAACAGCUGCAGACUUUAAGUACACUUUUAAUGGAAAAGCAGGCAUUCUAGUCCCACCCAACACUCUAGUAUUCCCUGCAACUGUUGCUCAGUAUCCUAUACUCAACGGUCUUGGAAUUUCUGGAGCAAUUGUAGAGAUCCCGGAAGGUGGAAUUCUUCCAGUGCAUGAUCAUGAUGCAACUGAAAUAGUACUGGUGAUUGAAGGUCAAAUUGAUGUUGGAAUCUUGACACCUCGGAAAGCUUUUCGCAAUAAACUUACACCGGGAGAUGUUUUCCUUUUUCCAAAAGGACUGCUGCAUUAUCUUAUCAAUUCUGGUCGUGGGAAAGCCGUUGCUUUUGCCGCUUUUAGUUCCCCUAACCCUUCUUUUCGUUUUCUUUAUGAAGAACUGUUCACCAACGACGUCCCUAGCAUCACCAUUUCCCAGAUUAGCUUCCUUGAUGUAGCCCAAGUCAGGAAGCUCAAGGCUCGUUUCAAUGGCACCGGCUAG